AUGAACGUGACGGAGUUGAAUCUUUCGGAUCGCUGUGAGCAUUUCUCCUGUCCAGAGAGAUCUGUAUCUCCUGCAGUUUAUAUCUCACUGUACGUGUGUUCAGCUGCUGUGGUUCUUCUAACUGUGUGUGGAAAUCUGCUCGUCAUCAUCUCUGUUCUUCACUUCAAGCAGCUUCAUACACCGACCAACAUGCUCGUGCUCUCUCUGGCCGUGUCGGAUUUCCUCGUCGUUGCUUUUGUAAUACCACCAAUGUUAAUCCGAUCACUACAGUCAUGCUGGAUUUUUGGGAGAAUUUUCUGCAUUGUUCUUUACUUGAUUGCUGGUUUCCUUACAAGUUUAUCCAUCUAUAAUGUCGCUCUGAUCUCUGUGGAUCGCUAUUUGGCGCUCUCACACCCCUUUUUCUACACAAACACCAUCUCUGUGGGAGCAAUGUGCAUUUUAGUUUCUUCUAACUGGUGUGUGUGCAUAGUGUAUACUAUAACAUUAUAUAAUUUUAGUGGAAACUUUACAACUUCUCUAAUGUGUCCUGGGGAAUGUUUUUACUUAUUGACUAGUGUUGGGUCUGUAAUUGAUCUUGUAUAUUCAUUUAUAUUUCCACUUUCUGUCAUAAUCAUAUUGUACAGUCGGGUUUUUCUGAUCGCUAAGAAACACGCCACUGCUAUCAGAGAGCUUAAUAAUCACACACGACCUCAAACACAGAAAAUCACCUCCCACUCCAUGAAAUCUGAGAGAAAAGCAGCCAAAGUCCUCGGUAUUUUAGUGUCCGUGUUUCUGGUGUGUUUACUUCCUUAUUUUAUUUAUAGUAUAUUAGGUGACGUUAUUGAACUACAGGCAGAAACCUUUCAAAAUAUCUUUAUAGUGGUUUGUCUUAAUUCCACCAUUAAUCCAUUUAUUUACGCUCUGUUUUAUCCGUGGUUUAGGAGGUGCGUUAAAUUCAUUAUAACUCUGCAAAUAUUCCAAACAGAUUCAGCAUUAAUCAAUGUUUUGUCCUGA